UUUUUUUUUGGAGUUUUAUAAAUUGAGUUGUAUUUUUGUAAAGUACUGCCCGACGAUGUGUGGGGCAGUUUUUUAGCAUUUGCUAACGGAUUUCAUAUUUUUGUAUCGGCAAGUAUCGGCCCUCACGGGUGAAACGCAUGGCCGCCCGUCCGCGCUUCAGAUCAACCCAUCGCCGCUGUCGUUCGUCGCCAGAUUCGCCGAAGUCGCCUGCGAUCGCAGCCGUCGCCAAGGUCACCGAUAAGGCCAUCAGGGCAUCGAGGGACACCAAAAAGAGGCGACAUCUCAUCUCCUCAGGGCAAUUCUGCUCGAGGCGCAGGAGGCGCAUGAAGCAGGAUAAAAGACACAGAAUCAUCAGAGACGGGGAAGGUUUCAAACUCGAUCCCGAAUUCAAGGGAGGGGUAAUAGGAAUAGACACAAAUAGUACUGUGAUAGAGAUAGACGAAUUGAAAGGUGGUAGGUUUAGUAUAGUGCAAUGGAAGGAAUUGUUUACGGAAGUCUUCCUACGGGACUUGUCGUUACUUCGACAUCACCAGCAAGGCAUAGGUGUGCUACAUCCAUCACCGCCAGUUGUGAUGCAACGAAUGUGUGUGAUGACCCAGAGACUAAAGGCGGUUUUAUAAAAAGUGAUACAUUUAAUAACAAAAGUGAUUUUAACCUUAGGCAAAAUCCCCAUAAUGGUAGUCCAUUACCUUCUGACCUUGAUAAAAUUUUCGGUACUUCACCUGAAAAAAUGAUUGUCAGUCCCGAUGUUUUUGAUGAUUUUACUGCGUUUGCUAGUGAUGGUGAAGUGCAAAAACCAGUGUCAUUGUCUUCGACAAACGAUGACGUUCCUGGUAAUAGUGAUUUUACCAUUAGCCACAACCCCCAGAAGUUACCUAAUAGUAAUGGUAGUCCAUUACCCUUUGAUAAAAUUUUUGGUACCUCUCCCGAAAAAAUGGUUGUCAGUCCCGAUGUUUUUGAUGAUUUUACUGCGUUUCCUAGUGAUGGUGAAGUGCAAAAAACAGUGUCAUCGUCUUCGACAAACGAUGACGUUCCUGGUGACAAAGAUGAAGGAACCAAAAGUUUACACGUACAGUUUUUGAAUGGACAACGUGAUACCACAGGAGAGACUUUGGCAUCUGAUGGAAAAUCUAUAGGAUCUCCUAUAACUCCGCUAAACUCAUCAAACGCAACUUCGGCCUCAUCAUCCUCGACAUCAUCAUCAUCAUCAUCCGAUGAAGAUGAAAGCAGCAGCAGCACACUAUCAUCAGAAUAUACCCAUGCUGGAAUUUCCACCAAACGUCCUCAACCUCCAGAUGGUGGUUGGGGAUGGGUUGUGGUAGCAGCUGCUUUUUGCGUCAAUUUGAUAGCAGACGGUAUAUCCUUCAGUUUUGGAGUUAUGUUUGUAGAUUUCUUAGAAUAUUUUGGGGAUAACAAAUCUACUACUGCUUGGAUUGGAAGCUUAUUCAUGGGGAUGCCGCUUUUGAGUGGACCUGUGGCUAGUUUUUUAACGGACAGAUAUGGUUGUAGGAGAGUGACGAUUGUCGGAGCAAUUUUAGCAGCUGCAGGAUUUGCUCUGAGUUCCCAAGCCAACAGCAUUAUGGCACUUUUGUUCACCUUCGGCAUUCUGGCAGGUUUUGGCCUAAGUUUAUGCUACGUAGCUGCAGUCGUCAUCGUUGCUUACUACUUUGAUAAGAAACGAUCCUUUGCAACUGGUCUGUCAGUUUGUGGCAGUGGUAUAGGUACUUUCCUGUUCGCACCUUUAACCCAAGCUCUUUUGGACGAGUAUGGUUGGAGAGGUACGACUUUGAUCCUGUCAGGAUUAUUUCUUAACAUGGCUGUUUGUGGUGCCUUGAUGAGGGAUUUACCAUGGACUGCAGAUUUGGCACGUGCUAAAGCCAGAGAUAGAAAACGAGCAAGGCGUCGUUUGCGAGCCAUUGGUGUCAAACAGCGUAAAAACAAAAAGAAAAUUAAAGGUGGAAGUUCUGCCGAAUCGUUUACAGCCAGCAAUAGCACUAAUACUUAUAGCCAACUGCAAUCAUUGGCUAUAAAUAAUGGCCUGGUAACUACCAUUGGUGAAGAAGAUGAAACUGAGGACAGGGAAGAUCACAAGGGUGAUUUGAUGUCUAAAUCAGCACCUGUACGUCCUUUGUUCAGUUCCUUGGUCAACUUACCCACGUAUGUGUUGAAUAAUACCGGGAAUAUCUCUAAUGGUGAUUUGGAUCAUCAGGCUGCUCUGGAUAUUAUUUUGGCCAGGAACAAGGAUUUCUACUUAGUUUCCCAACAAGGUGACAAAGGUGUAAAAGAUUUGGAAGAUAUUUUUGCUGCUCGGAGCAAAGAUGCUGCUGUUCUGGAUUUAUUGCUGCAACGAAACGAACAACUGGCUCCUUCCAAAAGUUUUAGUGAUAGUGGACGUCUGGACAACAUUGGACGUUCUGAAGACAUCAAAAAAGAUAUCAAUGACUUAGAAUCGCCUCCUCCUGCUGCUGCUGCAAAUGCCAAAACCGCGAAUGGUAGACUAUUCAGGAAAAACCAAAACGGUUUGAUUCCAAACCAAGGUGCAACAAAUCCUGUUUUGGACAACUCUGCUAAUAAAAGACUUCAGGCUUCGUACUUAAAAGAUCUACGUGUACACAGGCACUCGCUGACUUACCGUGGUGCCAUGUUGAACAUCAACAGGUACAGAUUAAGAGCUUCAUCUUGUCCAGAUAUUUACAGAAAUUCCAUGACAACUAUUGCCAAGGAACAGUACGACAAUUGGCCAUGGGAUGGUUUGUGGGAGUUUUGGGAUCUUCUCCGAGAUAUGUUGGAUUUAUCGCAUUUUGCAGAUGCCCGGUACGUUUCUUUUGCCCUGUCAAACUUUCUUUUAUACACUUGGUACGAUGUGAUGUACAUCUACUUGGCUGAUAAUGCCAUCGGGAUGGGAGUUAGCCAAACUGAUGCUUCAGUACUUCUUAGUGUUAUUGGGAUAUUGAACAUGGUCGGAGAGAUAAUUUUAGGCUGGGCUGGUGAUUUGCAGUGCCUAAAUGCAGGUCUUGUCUACGCUUUGUGUAUGGGAUUGUGUGGAGCUGCUACUGCCAUGGUUCCUUUGAUGAAUAGUUAUUUGGGCCUGUGCAUCGCCUCAGGAGCUUUCGGUCUCUUCAUAGCCGCCAAUUAUGCACUGACUAGUAUUAUUUUAGUGGAAUUAAUAACUUUAGAAAGAUUUACAAAUGCCUAUGGACUUCUACUCUUGGUGCAAGGAGUCGCCAAUCUCAUUGGACCACCUUUGGCUGGUUGGAUCGGAGACAUCACAGGUACUUACGACUUGUCAUUUUAUCUGGCAGGUUUGUUCAUUGCGAUUUCAGGAGCAGUUCUCGUGGUAAUACCGAUGGUUACCGCUUUUAAGACUUGCAAAAACAGAAAUAAGAAAAAUCAUUCGACGAUUGUCGAUGUCGAAAGUGCUGAUAAAACUGAAGAUCUUUUGUACGCGCCUAAAAAACCCGGAGGCGAAUUGGUCAUCAGUUGUUUUGAUUCCAAGGAAAAUAAAGGAAAUAUUGAUAGAGUGUAAAACGGUAAAGUUAAAUUUGGUGUUAUGAUGGCCUUAUAAAUGUACGGAUUAUAAAAAUCUCCAAGUAUCAAGUCAGAAUUUUGGAUAACUUGGUUGUUUGUCGUAAUUUUUAACACUAAACCUGGAAAUACCGAUUUGGCGUAAUAAAUACCGUUUUCGAGACAAAACAAACCGAUUCAGGGUCACAAUACCGUUUUUUUGGUCCAAAAUACCGAUUUUGGGACAAGAAUACAGUUUCUGGGACAUAACAAACCGAUUUACAAUUAGUGCUUAAACCGAUUUCGGGGCCUAAGUUCCGAUUUUUGGUCAGAAAUACCGUUUUCGAGACAAAACAAACUGAUUUAGUGUCACAAUACCGGUUUUUGGUCCAAAAUACCGAUUUCGGGACAAAAAUACAGUUUUUGGGACAAAACAAACCGAUUUAAAAUUAAUGCUUAAACCGAUUUCGGGGCUUAAGUACCGAUUUUUGGUCAGAAAUACCGUUUUCGAGGCAAAACAAACCGAUUUAGUGUCACAAUACCGGUUUUUGGUCCAAAAUACCGAUUUUGGGACAAAAAUACAGUUUCUGGGACAAAACAAACCGAUUUACAUUUAAUGCUUAAACCGAUUUCGGGGCUUAAGUACCGAUUUUUGGUCAGAAAUACCGUUUUCGAGGCAAAACAAACUGAUUUAGUGUCACAAUACCGGUUUUUGGUCCAAAAUACCGAUUUUGGGACAAAAAUACAGUUUCUGGGACAAAACAAACCGAUUUACAUUUAAUGCUUAAACCGAUUU